AUGUCGGAAGAAUAUUACCAUGGCUACAGAUCUAUUUGUUCUUAUAUAAGAACAUGUAAAGGUAGUUGUUCGUUUAGUGAAUUUUUAGAUCUUUACCAGAAGACGAUCAAAGAUUCUCCACCGAAUACCGAUGACUGGAACGGUUUACAAACGACAUGGCAAAGGAGAUUCUUGGGCGUCGUAAAAGAUAUUAUACCAGACGAAUAUGAUAACGUACUUGCAAAGGAGUAUUCGAUCAUCGUACCGGCCCAAGUGAUGGUAGUUGCGCUUCUAGUCGAUCAUCGUACCGGCUUUGAAGUGAAAUCCGAAACAGCAAAAAAGGCUUUAAUGACUUACUGGCAAAAUAUUGUCAAUGAAAAAGGACGCAUUUCUGUAAUAAAUAAUCAUAUAUCUGGCAGCCUCCAGAUAUUGGAUGCAACCGCUAAACAUAAUACAGACGUAAUUAUUUCGAAAGUUGAAAGCCUUAACCCGCAUGAAGAUCAAUUACUGAAAGAGAAAACUAGUGAUCUUGAGGAAACUGCAGAAGGCUCCACUCCCAAACGGUUUCGAUAUGAAGACGCUUACGACAAUAUACGAUCUGACGAUGAAUCAGAUCUUGAUCCUGUUACCGGAAAAUUUAACAAUGAUGCAGAAAUCGAUGAAUUUUUCUCUUCGGGCAGGAACACACGCGACUCGUAUAAGGUUCAUGAAGACUAUAAUGAGCGGAUGGUGUCCGUACCUUAUAAAAAUUCUCUUGACAAAUCUGAUGAUGUGUUGAGAAAGGCGACUAAAACUGGCGAUUAUGAUAUAUUAACCACUGUGAGUUUGACAGAACAGUAUGAUAAUGAAUUCUUCAAUGCUAUUGCUGAUGCUAUUGAAACCGUGCGACAAUUACCUGGUGGAAGCAAUAGUAUAAUGUAUUAUCGUAUCCUCGAUCUCCGGCCUCCACCACUGAAUGGGAACAAAAACGAUUACCGAGCGACUGACUUCUUAAGCGAGCAGGUUAAUAAUAUUGUAAGAGAACGGGCUAAAGUUGCAGUCGGUAACUUAUUUAAGCCAUCGAAAGGUGCUACUGCACUACUUGACACAUUGCAAAAGUUUCAUACGAAUUACAUCGACAGUCUCUGCAAACGAAUGCGCGUUGUCGGUGUAGUUGGUUUGAUUCAACAACUAAACGUAGAUCUCAACGAAAAGACUAUUAUAUGGCGUGCUGUGCCUGCGACCAUAGAGGAGUUGCUCAAAGAGGAGUGUAAAGAAGGUACAGACGAUGAAAAGACAAUGAAUGACAAUGUGAAGAUGAUCAACGAAAAACUGAAAGUCAUUGAUGUGGAAGACGAUGAGAUACAAUGGAUAUUUCAUACAAUAGAUGAAGUUAUUCGAAUUAUCCGAACAGGAUUUCUCAACACUAGCUUGACAGAGCGCGAUGUUGACAUGACACUUGUCAAGCCAUUUAUGGACAUAUUAUGGGGCAUCACGCAUCUCCACUACGGUGAAGGUGAGUCAAGAGCGUCUCGAAAACGACGACUUACUACUGAGAACACUGGACAAUUCGGUGAUAAGUUUGAUUGGCUGAUUUCGUGUUAUUCUGUACGGCCCGAUAAUGUUCGUGGAGUCGAAUUAGGUGUUCUCGAAAACUCGGGGCCUAAUUAUCCAGAUGGUUCAGAUAAAGUCCGAAUGCAAUUUAGAAAAGUCGUAAAGACAGCGCGUGAUCAGUUGUCCCAAAUAAUUGAUAUUAUCGAACACGAAUGCGAUUCCAGUCAAUUACCUGAGAAUCUUGUUCGUGGGUUAAAGUCAUUGUUUGUAGUCGGGCUGCACAUAGUCAGCUUUGAAAUUCAAGCACAUGUUGUUUAUUUGGUUGAAGGUAACAUUUACGCUGUCGCGGAGAUAGGACGCGUGCAGUUGCCAUACUCGAUGGAUUCUUUGGAUCGUGUUCUUGAUAUGUGUUACUUGUUUCUUCGUAUAAAGGCGAUUGUAUCAAGGUCGAAAAUUAUAGUACAAGCAUUGAUGGAAGAAGCAAAGAAGCCUAGUGGAUCUGUAAAAAAUACCAUUACAAAGUGUCAAGUUGACGAGCUUGGAACGCCAUCUAAAAAGAUCAAAACUCGCAAAACU